AUGACAUGCUUUCCAGUAAUGCUUGAGAUGCCCGAGGAACAGAUGAAACGCGCAGCAAGAACAGCCCUUUAUUCCAUAUGGACGAGUGGUGGUCCCACUGUGUACAGUACAUUAGAACAGAUGCCGAUGCUGGAAGACAUGCUGCUUGUACUGGAAAGGGAAGAGGAAUUAAUAUUGGCCUACUGUGUUGAGGCAUUUGGGGGAGAAGAUGAGCUGGAUAUCGAAGACUCACGCUUCAUCCGCUCUGAUACAUUACGCAUCACCUGGAAGGAAUACAAGCUGGGAGAACUCGGCCAGAAUUAUGCAACCACAAUUUUUGGGGCACCUUAUCCCGUUCCUUAUUUCAAUAUCAAGGCACAUCUUUCUGGAUAUUCCGCCAAUCCUGCAGGCGCUAUUACAUCUAUACUACAGAGUAUAACCCCUGAUGAAGUUUUUAAAUAUAAUAUACCUGCUCCCUCUAUCAGUCAGUCAAAAGAUAUUAUUACUAUUAAUAGAGAACCCAGCUUAAUUAGAGCUUCUCUACUAGGAGAAAACCAGGAAGAAUUAGUUAUCCCCAGUAGAGAGGUCUUUACUGGUGAAAAACCUUCCAACAGUAGCAAGCGUGUACUAGAGAAAAAGACAGGUCUAAGGGAUGGGUUAAGAUUGAUUAAUUUUAACAAGUAUAAGGGGAUAGAGAAUAAUCAAUCCUGGUACCAGCCCAACUAUAGGGUAGAACUUAAUGUUAGAGGGAGCGAGAUCCCGCUGAGUGAUAGGGACCAGAAUUUUGAGUGGAUUCGGGAUGAGAAGGAGCUUGAAGGUUUUCCAGGACAAGGCAAGCUUAAAUUAGCUCCAGAAUGGCGUGAGACAGCCCAAAAGGGCUUGCAAUUGUACAAGGAAACAUGCUACUCAGGUUUUAAGCAGACAAGUCAAUAG